UGUAUUAUUAUCAAAAUAACGAAAAAAAAAAAAAUGUGCGAUAAGUUUUUAUAUUUUGCAUAUGGGAGUAAUAUGUUAACAAAAAGAAUUCAUAUUAAUAAUCCAACUGCAAUACGAAGAAAUAUUGGUUUUUUAAAAAAUUUCAGGCUAGACUUUAUAACACAUUCCAAAAGAUGGGGUGGAUGUUCUGCAACAAUUGUUCCUACAGAAAAUUCUGUUGUAUGGGGAGCAAUAUGGGAAUUACAUGGGUCCAACAUGUCUACAUUAGAUGAGCAAGAAGGUGUUGCAGACAAGUUGUAUUUUCCUUUAAUGGUUGAUGUACAUACACCAAGUGGUAACAUAUUAAAAUGUAGGGUGUACCAACAAUGUAACAAUCCAAAUGAACAUGUAAAUUUAUGUUCAUUACCAAAACACAGAAGACCCUCACCAUUAUACCUGGAAACAAUACUAACAGGUGCAAAAGAAAGUAAAUUACCACAUGAUUACAUCAAAUUUUUAGAAACAAUACCACAUAAUGAAUAUGAUGGAGAAUAUGAUAUUGGCCUGCCGUUGAAAGAAGUUUAGUACCGAUAACCUGCCGAUUUUGUAAACGCUUUUGGAUUGCUGGUUCAUUUACUACUAUAUCAAAAGCUUCGUCGGCCGACAACUUAUCCAGCUUAUAUCUAGGUAUCUUGAAUUUUUU